UGCUGCCGAAGGUGGAUUUUUCAUAUAAAAAAGUAUUUAUUUUAGCUCAUUUCUCAGACACAAGCCACUUUUCAUCGUAUCUUACUCCCUCGUUAACUUUUCUAUCUCACCCUAGUGCUUUUUCCUUCCCAGAGUUCAUUCUGGCCGGGCCUGUUUCUUCUAAAGGGGAAGAGGACUUCCUCUCUAUCGCUGCCUCGCACCUCAGCCGCAGGAAGCGCGUUAUUGGCGCGGCAGUGGGCGUGGCCAUGGUGCUCGUGCUACUAGUCGCUAUUCCGCUGUUGGUCCACAGCACCAAACUGGGUGGGUCUGGAGGCGGAAGUACACAUUAUGAGAUGCUUGGAAGCUGCAAGAUGGUCUGUGACUCUCUAACGCCCACCAAUGAACUAACACCUGUUUCACCUCCACCUCACGACACCUCUGGACGCAGAGGGGGAGGCAAGUCGGGUUUUCGUGGAAACCAAGGGCCACCAGGCCCACGUGGGCCACCUGGAAAACCAGGUCCACCUGGACCUCCAGGUCCAGGCCCAGGAGGAUACAUCCCAUCGUUCUACAGCCCUAAAAUAGCCUUUUAUGCAGGUCUGCGCAAGCAACAUGAGGGGAGUGAGAUACUUAAGUUUGAUGAUGUGGUGACAAAUGUAGGAAAUUACUAUGAGCCUACCACUGGCAAGUUCACCUGCCCUCUUCCUGGAAUCUACUUCUUCACUUAUCAUGUGCUCAUGAGGGGCGGUGAUGGAACUAGUAUGUGGGCCGACCUCAAGAAGAAUGGACAGGUGAGGGCCAGUGCGAUCGCUCAGGACGCAGAUCAGAAUUAUGACUACGCCUCUAACAGUGUGAUCCUGCAUUUAGACGUGGGAGAUGAGAUCUGCGUGCAGUUGGAUGGUGGAAAAGUGCAUGGAGGAAACACCAACAAAUACAGCACAUUCAGUGGCUUUCUCAUCUACCCUGACUAAUAAGUACACAAACAUACAAAAAAUCUAAUAUAUUAUCACAUAUUUAACACCAUCAAAUCAGACUGACUGAUAGACAACACCAUCCGAUUCAAGCGAUACAACAAUGUGAUUGAACUUCGAGAGGAAACAUUGUAAAAUUUACUUCAAAACCUAUAGUGACAAAGUCAACAGCAGUGACAACCCAUUUUACUUUCUUAAUGUGAUGUAAUUAUAAGUCAAACAGGAUGUUCAAAGAGAAAAAAAAGUAUGCUGGGACUUGAUUUUAUCCACUGGCAAUUGAUUGGAUUGUAAAAAGUGGUCUGUCACGCAACAGAAAUUUAGUCUUCUUCCAUAAAAUAUGUUAUUUUAAACAUAAGCCUCAAUAAAUUUGAGUGGAAAGUGG